UACACUUUCAAGUGAGUCCUAUCGUAUAACGUAUAGCUUCGCGGUUGGACUUUGUAAACCAGUUGUUGUCGUGUCCACCCAAGAGUGACUCAGUGUGAAUCUGUACGACUCUGUACAUAGCAACAGGCUACAUGUAACUUGUUUGUUGGGUUUCCAAGAUGAUGUCAUGGUGUUAACACGCCUUAUUGCCGACCAUUUACACUGACUUCCUAGUAGCCACUCUAUCUUUUUAGAUGAGCUGGCUGUCCCUAGUUUUUUGGGGUUUUUUUUUAGGUGUGUAAUUACUUCAAUCUCAGCAAAACAAACUUGCUACAAGCAAAGUUUGCGAGGCCUUAGAUUCACAUCCGUCGUAUUUGAACUAAAUAUUCAGAGAAAUAUAAAUAUAUUUAUUCCCUUAAAUAUAGUUUUACUUGGGCAGCUGGUGAAGUUUUCCAAAUCUGUUAUGGAGGCUGCUGAAGACGAGAAAACAGGGACAGCACAAGCUCAAGAAGAUGCAUCUAAACAAGACCCCAAAGACCUUGAUGUCUGCAAGUUUUUCCUGAAAGGCAGGUGUCAUUUUGGAGACAGAUGUCGCCUGUCUCACAGUGGCACAUCUGCACCUGCUAAUCAUAAACUGGUAAAAACAGAAGAGAAAGUAUGCAAAAAACCUAAAACCAGAAGAAAGUCCGGCAAAACGGAUAAGGCCAAAGACGAAGAACGCCGAGGGCCUGAGAAAAAGAUGCGCAUGCGCACAGCAGAUGAUGUCAUUAACAGGAUUCUUUGGGAUACUACUGUGGACCCAGCAGACUUUAUAGUCGGCCAUCUGGACCGCUUUCUGGGAGUUCUGGAACGUCCUUUCUCUGACUUCUCCUGGGACACUCAGGUAUGUGACUGUGACUAUUCAGAGGAAAUGGCUAUUCCUCGCCACAGGAUCCAGUACUUCAGCUAUAAAGGCCAGCGUGUGUGGGACAGAGACAGUCGCACUGACCACGUGUUUGGCUCCACGGGACAGUCAGUAAUGUCCCCAUUUGAUAAUGGGGAUCAACCACAAGAAAAUUUUGCUCCAGAUACAGCAGAAGACAAUAAAGAAAAUGAGCAGGGUUACGUAAACCACAGCUUAAUGGGAGCUGAAGAUGAGGGAACUCUCAGUGAUGCGGCAGAAACAUUAGAUUGUUGCACAAAUACACAAACUGACAAAGUCUGUGAGGAUGCAGAUCUAGCUCAAGAGGCAGAGGUACUAUCCAUCUCUCCAGGAGACGAACAAAUCGCAACACAGGAUGAAUGGACAGACAGCUGCGACAAGGAGGAAAUGAAGGAGGAAGAAGUGGAGCCUAUGCAGCCCAUACCUCAAGAACCACGCCCGGGACGCCAAAAACGCAAGCCCACUCAUUUCAUUUGCUUCCGCGUGGACUCACCUGCUGCCUUGAGGGCCUUCCAGGUUGUCCAGAAGAAAGUCCUGACCCACUUGCCCCAGUCUGAGCCGUUGUGGGUGAACCCUGAGUCACUGCAUAUUACUCUCUCUUUGCUAGUUCUUAAAGGCCCUGCGGAUGUCUUUGCUGCUUGCGAGCUCUUUCGCUCGGUGGCCAAAACCUUCUACAAACCACCCAUCUCUGUCUUCUUCACUCCUAGACUGAGGCACUUCAAUGGAAAAGUUCUCCAUGUAGCCCCCCAGCCCCACUCGGACAUCGAGAACCUGAACACUCCCUUCCAGGAAGCGUUCAGGGAGAAAGGCUGGCUCCAUCGUGACUCGCGAAACCCUACCUACCAUCUCACGCUAGCUAAAGUGACAGAAGUGGAAGCAGAAAGGAUAUUUGAAGAUGUGUGGCAGAUUAAACUGGCUAAGGAUUUGAAUUUUGGGAAGCUAAUGGUGGACAAGUUGUAUCUGUGCGUCAACAAUGCUCCACGGGCUGCAGAUGGAUUUUAUGAGACACUGUGUUCUGUGCAGUUGCCCACUGUAUAACAGGAAAAGGUUGAUUAUAAUAAAUAAUAGUGGCAGUAAUUUUUUUACAUACCAAGCAACAAACAGAAAAUCUGGGGAGAUGCUAUCCACAGCUGGCUUUGUCAACUGUAUUUACAUAGUAACAUCUGUAUUUACAUAAUGUCCAAAUAAUUUUAAUGAUGUUUUUUUUUAAUUAAUGAUUUUAAGCUAAUUUAAAGAAAAUGAAUCACAAUUUAUGCCAUUUUACAGCAUGUGAGGUUAUGUUCAGUUAAAAAUAUAUAAUUUAAAGAAGCAGUACAUAACUUUUGGGGAUUUAGGGGUUUGGAGACCUCUCUGAUAGUAAUACGUAAUUGCAAGCAACUCUUUGAAGAAUGUUUUGUCAUGUUGGUUGUUAGUUACCUCUUUAUUGUGCAGGUUUAUCUGAUAUAGAUAAUCAGGGUUUACUCAGUUUAGGCGUGUCACCUUUACUACCGCAAUUAUUUUAACUGAUAGGUUAUCAGUCAUUACAUUUUACAUCCAUGUUUAUGUUCCAGAAAGAGUUUGUACAAGUUAGGCAUGUCACAUUUAUUACAGCAAUUAUUUGAGCUGAUCUGUUUCCACAGUAAUCAUGUUUGUCACAAUACAAACUACGUGUGUUUUCAUCAGUUGGCAAAUAAAUGGCAACAUUCUGAAACAAC